CGGCGCGGCUCCGGGCCAGGCGCCGAGGCGCACGGAGCUAGGUGGCCGCAGCGUCCCCGCGCGCGGCCGGGGCCCGGCAGGAGCGCGGAGCCACCGCCACCGCCGCCUCGGCCAUGCGGCUCCCGGGCCGGGGGCCUGGGCUGGGGCCCGCGCCGCCCCCCGCGCGCCGCGCCCGCUGAGCCCGCGCCCACUGGGCGCCGCCGGCACCAUGGUGCAGAAGUCGCGCAACGGCGGCGUGUACCCCGGCCCGAGCGGGGAGAAGAAGCUCAAGGUGGGCUUCGUGGGGCUGGACCCCGGCGCGCCCGACUCCACGCGGGACGGCGCGCUGCUCAUCGCGGGCUCUGAGGCCCCCAAGCGCGGCAGCAUCCUGAGCAAGCCGCGCGCAGGCGGCGCCGGCGCCGGGAAGCCCCCCAAACGCAACGCCUUCUACCGCAAGCUGCAGAAUUUCCUCUACAACGUGCUGGAGCGGCCGCGCGGCUGGGCGUUCAUCUACCACGCCUACGUGUUCCUCCUGGUCUUCUCCUGCCUCGUGCUGUCCGUGUUCUCCACCAUCAAGGAGUACGAGAAGAGCUCGGAGGGCGCCCUGUACAUCCUGGAAAUCGUGACCAUCGUGGUGUUCGGUGUCGAGUACUUCGUGCGCAUCUGGGCCGCAGGCUGCUGCUGCCGGUACCGUGGCUGGCGGGGCCGGCUCAAGUUCGCCAGGAAGCCGUUCUGUGUGAUCGACAUCAUGGUGCUCAUCGCCUCCAUCGCGGUGCUGGCCGCGGGCUCCCAGGGCAACGUCUUCGCCACGUCCGCGCUCCGGAGCCUGCGCUUCCUGCAGAUCCUGCGGAUGAUCCGCAUGGACCGGAGGGGCGGCACCUGGAAGCUCCUGGGCUCCGUGGUCUACGCCCACAGCAAGGAGUUGGUCACUGCCUGGUACAUUGGCUUCCUCUGCCUCAUCCUGGCGUCGUUCCUGGUGUACUUGGCGGAGAAGGGCGAGAACGACCACUUCGACACCUACGCCGACGCGCUGUGGUGGGGCCUGAUCACCCUGACAACCAUCGGCUACGGGGACAAGUACCCCCAGACCUGGAAUGGGAGGCUCCUGGCGGCGACCUUCACCCUCAUCGGCGUCUCCUUCUUCGCUCUCCCGGCGGGCAUCCUGGGGUCGGGCUUUGCCCUGAAGGUGCAGGAACAGCAUCGGCAGAAGCACUUCGAGAAGAGGCGGAACCCUGCUGCAGGCUUGAUCCAGUCGGCCUGGAGAUUCUACGCCACGAACCUGUCGCGCACGGACCUGCACUCCACGUGGCAGUACUACGAGCGCACGGUCACGGUGCCCAUGUACAGCUCACAAACUCAAACCUACGGGGCCUCCAGGCUGAUCCCACCGCUGAACCAGCUGGAGCUGCUGCGCAGCCUCAAGAGCAAGUCGGGACUCACCUUCAGGAAGGAGCCCCAGCCAGAGCCGUCCCCAAGUAAAGGCAGACCGUGCAGAGGGUCCCCGUGUGGAUGCUGCCCUGGACGCUCUAGCCAGAAGGUCAGUUUGAAAGACCGUGUCUUCUCCAGUCCCCGAGGCGUGGCUGCCAAGGGGAAGGGGUCCCCGCAGGCCCAGACCGUGCGGCGCUCGCCCAGCGCCGACCAGAGCCUGGAGGACAGCCCCAGCAAGGUGCCCAAGAGCUGGAGCUUCGGGGACCGCAGCCGGGCGCGCCAGGCCUUCCGGAUCAAGGGUGCCGCGUCCCGGCAGGACUCGGAAGAAGCAAGUCUCCCGGGGGAGGACAUCGUGGAUGACAAGAGCUGUAACUGCGAGUUCGUGACCGAGGACCUGACCCCGGGCCUCAAAGUCAGCAUCAGAGCCGUGUGCGUCAUGCGGUUCCUGGUGUCCAAGCGGAAGUUCAAGGAGAGCCUGCGGCCGUACGACGUGAUGGACGUCAUCGAGCAGUACUCCGCCGGCCACCUGGACAUGCUGUCCCGCAUCAAGAGCCUGCAGUCCAGGGUAGAUAUGAUUGUGGGCCCCCCACCCCCUUCAACUCCCCGGCACAAGAAGUACCCCACCAAAGGACCCACCGCCCCUCCGCGAGAGUCGCCCCAGUACUCGCCUAGAGUGGACCAGAUCGUGGGGCGGGGCCCGGCCAUCACAGACAAGGACCGCACCAAGGGCCCAGCGGAGGCAGAGCUGCCGGAGGAUGUCAGCAUGAUGGGGCGUCUCGGGAAGGUGGAGAGGCAGGUCUUGUCCAUGGAGAAGAAGCUGGACUUCCUGGUGAGCAUCUACAUGCAGCGCAUGGGCAUCCCCCCGACCGAGACCGAGGCCUACUUCGGGGCCAAGGAGCCGGAGCCGGCGCCGCCGUACCACAGCCCGGAGGACAGCCGGGAGCAGGCGGACAAGCACGGCUGCAUCAUCAAGAUCGUGCGCUCCACCAGCUCCACCGGCCAGAAGAACUUCUCGGCGCCGCCAGCCGCGCCUGCGGCCCAGUGCCCGCCCUCCACCUCGUGGCAGCAGAGCCACGGGCGCCAGGGCCACGGCACCUCCCCGGUGGGGGACCACGGCUCGCUGGUGCGCAUCCCGCCGCCGCCGGCCCACGAGCGCUCGCUGUCGGCCUACGGCGGGGGCAGCCGGGCCAGCACGGAGUUCCUGCGGCAGGAGGACGCGCCUGCGGGCCGGCCGCACGAGGGCGCCCUGCGGGACAGCGACACGUCCAUCUCCAUCCCCUCCGUGGACCACGAGGAGCUGGAGCGCUCCUUCAGCGGCUUCAGCAUCUCCCAGUCCAAGGAGAACCUGGACGCGCUCACCAGCUGCUACGCGGCCGUGGCGCCCUGCGCCAAAGUCAGACCCUACAUCGCGGAGGGCGAGUCGGACACGGACUCGGACCUCUGCACGCCCUGCGGGCCCCCACCGCGCUCCGCCACGGGCGAGGGCCCCUUCGGAGACGUGGGCUGGGCGGGGCCCCGGAAGUGAGGCCGAGGACGCCCCGCCCCCGCCGAGGUUUUAGGCGGGAACCCUCCCGGGGCGGGGCCGUUUUGUAGAGAAACUGGGGCGUGUGGGGUUUGUGGGGGCCGAGGACGGGGCGCCCGCGGCAACGCCCCAUAGUGCUGGAGGGGUGUGGGGAGGGGCCCCGGGGCCCCAGGAGCAUGUGUGGUGGCAGCAGGGCCGCCCUGCCCGCCGGCGCAGGGUGGGGGCAGAGCAGCGUGGGGCUGCAGUGGUCACAGGCCCUGGGUCGUGGGGGCGAGGGUGCGGGGCCUGGGGCAGAGCUGGGGACGGACGGUGGCCUUGGGGCUGGUGCUGAGCCCCGAGGGCAGCUGCAGGGGGUGUGGCCAGCCCUGGCCACCUGGGUCCCACCUCUGCUCGCUCUGGGCUCCGGGGUGAAGCCCUCUUGCCUCCUGGGCGCUCAGCUUGAGAGCUGCUGGUCAGCGUCUUCUCCUCGCCCCUCCUGGGUUCUGAGGGGUCUUUCGGGGAGGGGCCUACGGGGGGGACCCUCGCCUGUGGCGGAGGAGGGGGAGGGUCCUCAGAACCAAACCGGAGCCCAGCGUGAGUCUCGGACCCUCCGGGGCGCUGGCUCUGCAGGUUCCUCCAAAAGGGGGUCCGUGGGGGCUCCUGUGGCCUUGGCCGUGGCUCUCCGCUCUGCCCACCCCUGCUGGGUGGUGGUUACAGGUCACAGGGCUGUGGCCAGCACCACGAGACUCACCCAGACCCUCACGGUUCUUAGCCGGGGCCCCCACCUGGCCCGUCCCCCACCCCGACAGGACUGGGCCGUGCAGUGGGUGGACGAUGUCACCCCUAACUCAGCCUGGCUGGGGGCCUGGCUUCUCCCUCCUGUCUUCCCCGGAGCUCACUGACCCUGCCCCGUUCUCCACCCACCAGUCCCUUGGUUGUGGCUUCUCGGGGUCUCAGGGGACGUGCCACCAAAUCCUGGGCCCUCAGGGCAGCCUUUAGCGGAGCUGUGGACCCAGCCCCCAGGGGCAGAGCUGCCCCCCAUUCUGGUCCUCAGCGUCAGUGUCAUGUGGGGUGACAGCACUGCGGGUGGGGACUGGGCUGCCCGGCGGUGGGCCAGGGCAGACACCACGUCCAGGGAGAGCCCUCGGCCGUCCUCACGCCACCCCCGCUCUGUCUGCCCUCCCUGGGGGCCUCGUGGUGAGCGGGCCGUCCUGCCGCAGGAAGAGCUUCGAAAGCAGCAUGUGAGGGUCACACGCCCCGGCUUUCAGGGUCCUGGGUGCCCAGGGGUCUUUGGGGAGCUGUGUCUGCCUCCCAUGGUGGUCAGCUCACCGCUGCUGCAGCCCCCUGCCCACCCCACCCUGGCCAGGGCCCCCGACCUACCUCCCAGUGGCGGAGCGGCCUCGGGGUCUCGGCGGUGAGAAGCCCCUUCCGGCGAGGACGCUGUGGGGUUUCCCGUGGUCUGAGCCUUGCUGCCCUCGGGGAGGCUCCAGCUGGGAGCCCCGGGGGGCGCUGAGCACGUCCAGACCAACCCAGCACCAGCCACCCGCCCUCCCCACACCCACUCCGGCCUGGGCGGGAGGCCUGUGUGCUGUCCCCGCCCCGUGCCGCGUGUGCUCCGCAGCCUCCUCCCCAGGGUACCAGGAGCUCCUGGGCACACGGGGCUCCGCGCGGAGUGUGGCCCGGCCCCCGCCCUCCCAGAAGCCCAGCUGCCCGCGGGCCAGGCUGGAGCCUCUCCCUCGGGUUGCAGCGGGAGGGCGAGGAGCGCGGGCCGUCCUGUGGGAGGAGGGAGGCGCGUCUGCCGGUGUUUGGGGCCCAGCGUGGAGCCCCUGGCCUGAGCAGGGUGCAGCCACGCCGGCUCCGCACCCCAGAGCAGGGCACGGGAAGGAGGCCGGACGCUGCUGCAAGGCGUGUCUGCGCUUCCUGGGCGUGUGAGUGGCCGAGGGCCAGUGCCCCCUCAGCAGGGUGGCAGAGGUUCCCCAGAGCACGAUCCCCACGUGCCCACUGGCACAUACAUGUGCUCACACACGCCUGCACACGUGUACACCCUCACGCUCACCACACACCCAUGCAAGCACAUAGGUGCACACACCCACACUGGCACACUCUGACAUGUGUGCACACCCACUCCACUCUGACACACACGUGCACACUUAAAAGGCACACUGUCUCAUGUGCAUGCUCACACGAGCACACUCACGCACACUGAUACACAUGUACACACUCACAGGCACACUGACAAAUGCACAACACAUGUACACUCAGGCACACUGACACAUGCAUACUCACAUGUACAGUCUGACACAUGCACAACACAUGUACACUCACAGGCACACUCUGACACGUGCAUACUUACAUGUAUAGUCUGAUACAUGCACAAUACUCACGUGUACGCUCACAGUCACACUUCUGGAAACGUACACACAGAUAGGUACUCUGACACACAUGCACACUCUGACACGUGCACACUCACAGGCACUUUGACACGUGUACAUUCUGACACAUGCACAGUCAGGCACACUGACACUUGCACACUCACAUGCACGCUCUGACAUGCACAUACAGGCAGGUGCACACUCACAGGCACUCUGACACAUGUGCACACUCACACAGGCACACUCUGACAUGCACACUCACAGGCACUCUGACACACGUGUGCACACGCCACGUUUCCGGCCCUGGCAGUCCUCUGUCUCUGAUCUCUGCGGUGCUGGAGGAUCUGGAAGGGAGCGGUGCUGACUCCAGGAGUUGCGGAGGGUUCUGGAGCGUUAAGCCCUGGGGUGGGGGUUCUGGCUGUCCGGGGCUCCUGGGCGGCGGAGGCAGAGGGUCCACGGGAGCCAUGCAGAGGGUGGGGUCUGCCAAGUGCACAGCGGCUGGGCUGGGGCCGGGGCGUCCUGGAGUCCGGCCGGCCCUGGGGCACCGGUGGCUCCAUGUCCUCAGAUGCCCGGCCCCGCCCGGCUGUGUCCCCACCCGCCAUCAGCGUCUCCAGGCCCAGCAUCCCCCUCUCCUGUCCAGGUGAAGUCGAGGCCCUCGGCGUCCUCCCCACGGCCCGCGCUGGGCCCGGGAGUGGCCGUCCCUGUCCUGCACACGGCGGUCCUAGCGGGCAGGUGCGGGGCCCUCCCUACGGGAGGCCACAGCGGCCCCUAGCAACACCCCCGCCUUUGGGGGCCUCAUCUCAAACCCCCACCAGGGGGCUGGCAGUGUGGGGGCGUCUCCCCAGUGGCCCCUAAGCCACGGGCCCGUCCCCCGAGUCCCCACCCCGAGGAGAGUCCCCAGCCGGAUGCCCUGAAAGUCUAAUGUCUCCGUUUGUCCCCUCCCUGGGCUGGAGGCUGGUGGGGGCUGGCGUGGGAGGGAGGCGGAGGAAGCCCCCACGUCCAGGGGACUCCCCACACACAGCACCCCGUUCUCCACGGGAAGAGCUGGGCCCAGAGGCAGUUCUAGAUGCUCCCGGGAGCCCACGGGCUGGGAGAACUUUCUGGAAACCCUAGGCCAGUCUCGGUGCGCUUCCUGCUCACCUGAGUGGCAGAUCCAGUGCGGAGUGGGGUCCCAGGCAGGUGCCCGGAUCUCGGGGUCGGGAGGACGACGCUCCAGCAGCCUCCGAGGACACGAGCCACGGGACAGCGUGCUGCGACGGGCGGUCUGGACAGCAGGACCCGCCGUGGAGGGGGGGCUCCAGGGGCUCCGGGCAUCCCAGCAGGGCUCUGCCUGUGCCCGUAGGGGGGAGGGGGUCGGACGCCUGCGUGGACGGCCUGCCCUCUGACCCUUCACCCCUGCCCCCGUGCAAACUCCCGGGCGUGUGUCUGGGUCGCGGGGUGGAGGGCUGGGCCGGCGCGGCCUGCAGGCCAGGGUGACCGUGGGGAGCGUGUGGCUGUCCCAGGCUGCUGUCCCCUGUUCCUCACGGUGUUCGGAACCUGGUUGUGAGGGUCAGGGGGACGGCAGCCCCCGGGGGAGGCGAGGGUGGCGGGGAGCCUUUAGGAAACAGGGUAGAGGGAGGAGGAGAAGGGAGGGCGGCCCUCCCUGGAGUUUUUAAAGGCAUUUGUGGGGUGAGAUGUAGGGUCAAGCGAGCUCCAGUCUUGGACGCCUGCCUUGGGUGCCCCUGGCUGGCUGGUGGUCCCGUCCUCAGCACCCUCGGUGUCUGGGCCUUGGCCGGGUGCUGGAGAGGAGGGGACGGGCCAGUCCCACCUGGUCUCAGAGUCGCUGCCUUAACGCAUGUCGUGGACGGGAGCUCGCUGGGGUGGCCCCGCCCCUCUGCCAGGCGCGGACCCCCGGGCCCCGCCCCCACCAGGCGGCGAGGGACCAGCUCUAGGGACCAGCGCGGGGCAGGAGUGUCUCACUGGCUCGAGCCCCAGCCCGCCGGACACCCGGGAUCGUGCGCACUCCACGCCCACUGCGGCCGCCGCCCUCCGGCCGCUCGGCGGCUGCAGCCGCCCCGCCCACGCUGUCGCCCUUGGCUGCCUGCACUUUUGUUCAUGCUCCAAAGAAUAUUUCAUGAUGCCUUCAGUA